GAACCAUUCUUGCUCCUAAGGUUAAAGAACCCCUUUGUUCUGCUUGGGAAAGGUGCAAUACCCUUGUCAUGUCUUGGUUACUCAACUCGAUUACUCCCUCCAUCGCCCAAAGCAUUAUUUUUCCUCGAAUGUGCCAUAGACCUUUGGAAUAACCUUCGCGAACGUUUUUCACAAGGCGAUCUUCUCAGAAUCGCAGCGCUCCAGGAAGAAAUAUAUGGACUUUCUCAAGGAACUCGUUCUGUCUCUAAGUUCUACACCGCAUUGAAGACCCUUUGGGAAGAACUCGAUAACUAUAGACCCUUUUCUUCUUGCUCGUGUUUUGCCAAAACUUACCACCAACAGGAUUUCAUAAUCCGAUUCCUCAAAGGUUUGGAUGAACGCUUCUCUAUUGUGCGUUCACAAAUCCUUUUGAUGGAUCCUCUACCCGCUAUCAACUGCGUCUUCUCCAUGGUUGUCCAACAAGAACGACAACUCACUACGUCUUUGCCUACUGAACCUAACGCCUUUGUGAAUGCAGUUAAUCACUCUUUCUCCGGCAAAGGGCGUGGCUCUGGUCCUUCUUCCACUGUCAAAGGAGCCUCCAAUAAGAAAUGCUCCUAUUGUCACCGUCCUGGACACACUAUUGAUGUGUGUUGGGGAAAGCAUGGCUAUCCCCCUGGUCAUCCUCGAUACCCAGGGGGGCCAAAGUUCAAUCGCGAUGCCUCUCGCUCGUCCUCCAUUAACAGUGCAGCUGUGAUCGAACCCACUGAAGGAGGCAACAUUUUAGAGACGGAGGGAGGCCCCAUCACAUUGACCCAUGCCCAAUACAAACCCUGA